AAGUUUUUUUCUUCCCAAGCUAUAAGCCUAUGACACUGCAUUGAUUAUUUUGAAGAAACCCAAACAUACAUUGCACCAAACAUCAGAUCUUAGUCAACAAACCAUUAUCUCCAUCUCAUCCAAGAGAGAAGAUAGAGAAAGAAAAAGCAAAGAAAACCCAACUCUCAUCGCUUGCUUUGCUUUCCAUCAAAGCACUUUGGUUGUUCCUCCUUUUUCACCCAACAAUUCCCUACAAGAAAUACUAGUCAAAGUAAGACUCUCCCCCACAAGCUCCCCUGCUUCUCCCCUGUUUUGCUUCCCUUACAUUUCCCAACAAAACCAUAGAAAAUACCAAAAUUCAAAAAAAAAAUUUUAAAAAUGGUAGUCCCAUGUGCCUAAUCAUUUAUGAAAAGACCCAAAAUGAUAAGGAAUCAUCGCUAAAACCCAUGACAGUCUGAGCCCAUAUCGGAUCCCAAUACAUCUCUCAGGUACAAUCACAUUCUCUUUAUCAUCUUCACACCUUAAACAAUUACUAUUAGAUUUCAAGGAUUACGAUAAACCCCGACCAUCUUUCAUAGAUUUAUUUAAAUAUUCCUCAUCAGAGAUCAUGUUAUUGAUCCUGUUCUCUUCUCCAUGACGGCAAAAAUCUAUGUUCUUUCGCUAAUUUCCUUUCAAAUUCUAAGUGGUAUUAGUCCAGAGUGACGCAUUUGAUUCGGCCAUGGCCUCCUUAGACAACCAGCAAACAUGGGCACCUUAUGAAAACUCCAAGGAUUGCUCUCAAGGCUUUUGUAGCCUGUAUUGCCCCCAAUGGUGCUACAUCAUUUUCCCGCCUCCGCCUCCGUUCGAUCCUCCCACUGAAGAUUCUGGCUUGAAUUUCUCCCCCCUUGUGAUUGCCAUCAUCGGCAUCCUGGCGAGUGCUUUUCUCCUCGUGAGCUACUACACCAUCGUCUCCAAGUACUGUGCGAAUGCGGAAUCGUUGAGGAGGAGGACGCAGCGAAGCCGGGACGAUGAGUACGACGAGGGUGGCAAUUCUCAGCAUGAGCAGUGGCGGACGGGGACAUCGGGCUUGGACGAGGCACUGAUUAAAUCGAUUGCCGUGUGUAAGUAUAAGAGGGGAGAUGGGCUGGUUGACGGAACGGAUUGUUCUGUCUGUCUCAGUGAAUUUCAAGAAGAUGAAAGCCUUAGACUAUUGCCUAAGUGUAGCCAUGCUUUCCAUGUCCCAUGCAUCGAUACGUGGUUGAAAACGCACGCGAAUUGCCCAUUGUGCAGAGCGAGUGUCGUGUCUACUAGUCCUUUGCCUCUUCAACCGCUCCCUCCAGUUCAAGAAAGCCUUCCCAAUCAUGAGCCAUCAACAGAAACCCAAGAGGAUAACCAGACGAUUGUAGCUGCUGAAGAUUUAGAAAGUGGGCUGAAUGAGUCUAGCAUGGCUGGCGAGGUUGUCUCUAAGUCUCCAUUUCGAGCUCUUAGCGAUAUGGGCUGCUUAGAGAGAGAUACCAUAAUCGAGAUUAGAGAUGAGGAGGAGAUUCAACCGGUUAGGAGAUCCUUUUCGAUGGAUUCCUCACAUCAAAGCCGUGUUUCAAUUGCCGAUGUGUUGGGAAUGGGCACGGAGGAGGACAAUAAUCAGGUGGGAAUCCGGCUCCCAACAGGCAUCAGAUCAUCAAAACGAUCGGGAGGAGAUAAUAGCAAGGGUAGCAGCAACAGAAGCAGGGUGUUGCAUGGUGUAAUGAGUCCUAUUGCAAUGAAGAGAUCCUCCUCAAGUGGGACGUUAUUGCUCACUAGGCAUGGAAGAGGAAGGAAUCCAUCUGUUUCCAUAUUGAACUGAUUGGAGUGUGUGGAGAAUGAUAGCUUAACACAGUAGUAAGUUCUUUUUUACUUGAGUGUGUAAGUAAAAGAAGCCGAGGAAAGGAGAGAUCAUGGGACAUUGCAUUUGGUUUGAAAUCUUACAUGGUAUGGAGUCCCUAGAAGCUCUUGAUACAUGUUUCUAUUUCUUCUUCUUUC